GUAAAGUUUUACUGUUCAAGGGUCCCGUAAUAAGAACCCAAGCUCGUAGUUCUUUUAUGUUAUUCAAAAACCAUAUUCCUUGAUUUUUUUUUCAUUACUUUAUUCAUCAGUUACAAUUACUAAUAAGCCCCAAAAUUGAGGGAAAUUAAAAUGAAUGCAUUGGCUUUUGGUUAUGAUUUCAAAGAGAUUCAAGACAAGGUUUCUCUUCAUUUAAGACCUUGGCAUCGUUCAUUUCAAUUCUGGGUUCGAGCAGCUGAUAUUUAUACUGGCUAUAAGGUGUUUCAACUUCGAGUGAGUUUGGUGAAGGAUCCACAAAAGAAACAAGCAAUGUGGGAUAAACAACAUGAGCUUGCUGCUGAUAAAAUUUACGCUAUGUGUUAUGAUCUUGGUGGGUUUUUCCUUAAGAUUGCUCAGAUUAUUGGAAAACCGGACCUAGCCCCAGCAGCAUGGGUGAAAAGGCUUGUUACUUUGUGUGAUCAAGCCCCAGCAACACCAUUUGAUGCUGUUCAACUUGUUUUAGAGGAGGAGUUUGGUCGAAGCAUCAGUGAAAUUUUUGAGAAUUUUGAUGUAAAUCCUCUCGGUUCAGCAUCGAUUGCGCAGGUUCAUCGAGCAAGAUUGAGAGGUGAUAAGAACGAUGUUGUUGUUAAGGUGCAACAUCCGGGAAUCCAGGAUCUUAUGAUGACCGACAUCCGUAACUUGCAAGCAUUUGCACUGUACAUUCAAAAGACUGAUAUCAAAUUUGAUCUGUUUUCCGUUACCAAGGAAAUGGAAAAACAGAUCGGAUAUGAGUUUGACUUUCUAAGAGAAGCCAAUGCUAUGGAGAGAAUUCGCCGUUUCUUAUACGAGAAUAACAAAAAGACUCCGGUCCUGGUUCCAAGAGUGCUUCGGGGUUUGGCUACAAGGAGGGUUUUAGUGAUGGACUAUAUCGACGGAGUCCCAAUCUUGAAUCUUGGUGAUGAAAUGGAUAAAAGAGGAAUAAAUCCUGGUGGUAAGAUGGCAACUUUAGCAAAGCAGAAUAUACUUAAGAGUUUGACACUAGCUUAUGGACAGAUGAUACUAAAGACCGGUUUCUUCCAUGCAGAUCCCCAUCCCGGAAAUAUACUGAUCUGUAAAGGUUCAGAGGUUGCAUUGCUAGACUACGGGCAAGUGAAGGAUCUACCAGACCAGUUGAGGCUUGGAUUUGCUGAUUUGGUUCUUGCCAUGGCUGAUAGUAAUCCUGUAAAAGCAACAGAAAGCUACAGGGAACUUGGGAUAGAUACUGUAAGCAACUGUAAGAAUGAACAACAGGAAAUGCUUCGGUUGGCACAGACGAUGUUCGAUACAAAACUACCCCCAGGAGUGGUAAUGUUGCAACCAUUCUCAGAAGAUGCUUCCAUAAAAAAAAUCGGUGUACAGUCUUUUCCAGAGGAAUUGUUUUCUGUUCUUCGUACGGUACAUCUUCUAAGAGGACUUAGUGUUGGUCUCGGAAUCAACUACUCAUGUGCGGAGCAAUGGAGGCCCAUCGCGGAAGAGGCUUUGUACAAUGCUGGAAGGUUAAAAGGUGCGAACCGGACUAAAGUAAGUAACCCGGGCAGAUUUUUCUGGAGAUAUUAAUUAGCUUGAAGAACAAGAAAAGGAAAAAAAAAACAGGGCUUUAACAUGCAACAAUUACUGUUAAUAUUUUAACUGAGAAAUCCACCAAACAGUGGAGAAUCAGAACUUAGGGCUGUCGGUAGUUACAUUCUUGCUACAGAAGCAUCGAAAAAGAUGAAACUUGGCAAUUAAGCAUGGUUUAGAAUGUAAAAAAGGAAGAGAAAAUACUAAAGAGCAAUAGUUUUUAGUGAUUUUAAGGACUCUUAUUAGCAUUUAGAGGUUUGUAGUAUCCAAAUCAAUUCAUUGAAAUUAGUUAAAAUGAUAGAAACAAAAGGAUUCAAGAGUUGCUAUCUGAAGAUGUGCUUUUACUUUAUGUUGUUAAUGGGAAUCUAUGGCAAAAUGAAGUUCAACUUUAGCUUAUGGCUGAAUUUAUUUUAUAA